AGAAAAAGAUAACAUGAACAAGAAAAAGAAAGAAAAAGAAAAAGAUAAAAGAAGAAGAAGAAAAAGAAGACCUUCGAGCUCUCGAUAGUGUUGCUGUCCUGUUUUCUAUCCAAGCCCCUUUGGCAACUUGUCCACCCUAUCUUUUCUCUUCAUAGAAAAACUUACAUUGUAGGAGCUUUCUCUCCCUUUGCUUGUUAUUCUUGCCUUCCCAUCACUGCUAAUCUGCAAAAUCAGCAGUGUUUUCUGCAUCUGUUCCAAAUCAAUUAUUGGGAAGAAAUUCUCACGAACCAAACAGGAACUAUCCAAUCUAUACUCUUGAGUUCAGGAAGAAAGAGAAGCAUGAUGUUCUUAAUAGCUUAAAAUGCUGUAGUCUUUUUAUUAAAAUCAGUAAUGGCGACUCUAGACAACCCAAAAACUUGGAUACCAUAUAAGGGCAGCAAAGACUGUUCUCAAGGCUUCUGUACUUUAUACUGUCCACAGUGGUGCUACAUCGUCUAUCCUCCUCCACCUCCCUUUGAUUUUCCAUCUGGGAAUUCUGGUCCAAAUUUCUCCCCUCUUGUUAUUGCAAUCAUUAGCAUUUUGGCAAGUGCUUUCCUUCUUAUAAGUUACUACACCAUUAUAUCCAAGUACUGUGGCAAUGGGGACUCGGCAAGAAGAGACGAUCAAGACUUGAGUGAAGAAUCGGAAGACAAUCAGAGCCAUUCUCUCCAUGAACCAUGGCAUGUUGUAACUACUGGCUUGGAUGAAGCUCUUAUAAAGUCUAUCACAGUGUGCAAGUAUAAGAAGGGAGAAGGGCUGGUUGAAGGCACUGAUUGCUCUGUUUGUCUCAGUGAGUUUGAAGAAGAUGAGAGCAUAAGGCUCUUACCAAAGUGUAGUCAUGCUUUCCAUCUCCCAUGCAUUGAUACCUGGCUCAAAUUCCACUCGAAUUGCCCUUUAUGCCGUGCUAAUAUAGUGUCUUUCGGCGGCAUGCUGCUUCCUUUGCCUGCACCGGUGACCGAUAUACCUUUGCGUAAUGAAACUUUGCCGGGAACCCAACAGGCAAAUGAAAAUGUAGCCCUUGCCCAAGAUUUGGAAAGCAGUGUUAGUGAGGAAGAAAUGGUGCAUGGUGAUACAGCUCCAAAGACCUCAGUACGUGCUUUUAGUGAUUUGGGCAACUCAGAAGAGAGAGAUACAAUUGUUGAGAUUAGAGAUGGAGGAUAUCAGCAUGUUAGAAGAUCGUUUUCCAUGGAUCUUUUGUGCCAAAGCCGUCCUUCCGUUGCUGAUAUAUUGUGCAUUGAUGAAGAUGAAGAUGAAGAUGUUCAAGUAGUGGAAGAUUGCGUUGGUGAUUGUAGCUCAUCAAAGCAACUAGCAGCAGGAGUCGAGGAGAAGUCUAGCAGUAAAAGCAAGGUGUUGCAUAUGGUAACGAGUCCUAUUGCAAUGAAGAGAUCAUUUUCAAGCGGAAGAUUCUUUCUCACCAGGCAUGGGAGGAGACGGCAAACAGUCAUUCCUGUCUGAAAAAAAGAAUUUAAAAGAGAGAAAAACAGGGAAGUAGUCUUUGAAGUAAAUGAAUUAAGUAAUGUUCAUGAUGAAUUUAGUAAUAUUCAUGAUGAGAUUAAUUUUUUUUUUUUUUUUUUUGAGAAUAUGGAAUUUGAUUAUUGUCCUAUAUAAUGUUUAAGAGUGUGAGAAUUA